AUGUGCUUUUCAACGGUGGCGAAUCGACGUGACACCGGCGACUAUGCCAGAUUCCCGGCGACUACUGGAAAUAGGGAAACCACCACCACAUCCGCCGCCGCCACCACCUCAACCACCGCCACCCCUUACUUCCACGUCCAGCACCAAGAUCAACCUGAUUACCUUCUAUCGGCGGUGGUGUUAGGGCACGGCCACCAGGCACAGGACAUGUCGGCGAUGGUGACGGCGCUGACACACGUGGUUUCCGGCCAGCGGCACGGCGGGCAGGCGAGCAGCGCCGUCGCGCCGUCGUUUGCUCCCGUGGACUCCCCUUCCUCCGCGUAUUCAUCAUCCAGCUCCGGCUCGUGGCCCGGUCAGAAGCGGCGGCGCGACCAGGACGACUGCUCAACGCCGUUCUCCGAUCAAACGCAGAGGGCGUACCGCGGCUUCGUAGAUUCUCCUUCUUCCAUUAAAUCCGGUAGUUCUGAUCAGAAUGCCGAUCCUCUAUGGGGCAAAUGGGCUGCCGAAAUACGCGACCCACACAAAGCCGCCAGAGUCUGGCUCGGCACCUUCGAAACCGCCGAGGCGGCGGCGCGUGCCUACGACGAGGCGGCCCUCCGUUUCAGAGGCAACCGCGCCAAACUCAACUUCCCGGAAAACGUCAGAAUCCUGCCACCACCUCAACCCCACGGAGCCCCUCACCUCGCCACCGCCGCAAACCACCCUCCGCCGCACCUCGCCCCGUCUCCGCCGUCGUUCUUCCAGAACACCGCCAGGGACUACUGGGAGUACUCGCAGCUCCUUCAGAGCAGCACCGAUUUCCGACCACCACCACCACAACAACAACAACAACAACCGUCGACAACUCUGUUCGAGCAGAUGUUCUACGCUUCUUCAUUAGCCGGACUUUACUCAAACACAACAUCAAACACCUUCGCUGCAUCAUCUUCUUCUUCAUCCCACCCUUCAUUUCUCUCUGCAUCUUCUUCAUCUCCGUCGUCGUACCUCUUCUCCAGUGGGCAAACGAUACAUUUCUCGCCGGAAGCAAGUAACCAACAAACUCAGGCCGGUAGUAGCACCGCCAAUUUUCAGGCGCCGCCGUGGACAUCCGGCCAGUACCCUCCUUCCUCCGCUUCUUGAUUACUAGCUAGCUCUGUUUUCAAUCAAAUCUCCGGUCAGCAAAAAGUACACACACGUUUUUUGUAAUUUUUUUUUAAUGUUUUUGAUUAAAUACUUUUUGGUAUAUAGAUUUGGAGUAUUUAAUUAGUGUACUUUGUACUUGCAUUUAGGUAAUUAGGCGAUAUAAUUCAAAUUUGAAAUAGUACAUUACAUUAUUAAUUUGUUUUUGUCAUU